CAACAUUAUACUAGAAAUAAACAGAGUAUAACAAGAUAAUCAUACCAAAACCUCAGCGAGUAAUUGCUUACAAAUCUUUGUCUUUGUUUCCGGCCAUGUGAUUUUUCAUUCAUCUCUGAUAUUUUGAUUUAAGUCACUUUUUGACACGAUUACAGUAAACAUUCUCACCAUAUAUAUUCUGUAUGAUGUCCAGAGGACAAUGCAACCAAUCUUCAAUUCCUGGCAUCCUUGGCGAUGCAGCAAACACCGCAAAACUUGAAUAAAUGGAGCAACAGCGUAGUGGACGUGCGACCUGUUUAGAAAAAUGGCGGGAAAUAAAACAUGUGGAUUUGGAAAACCCGCCAAAACGAGAACGAUAAACAUAGUCUCAAAAUUAUUUAUUUAUCAAUUUUAUCAACAAAUAUAAAAAUAUAAUGUUCCAUUUAUUCAUCAAAUUACCAAUUUAUCAAAAUUAACAAAAAAUCAAAAAAAAUCAAAGCAAUGACAUGAAUGACGUCACUUCCUUUACUUGACGUGGAAAUGGCAGACCGAAAUCAGAAAGAUGCUACUCCCCCUCCUCUGCUUCUAAUGCCGGCGGGGGACGGUCUUACGAUGAAUGUACCCGGUGGCUCGAACUUUCUUAUGCCUGUGAUGAGUUCAGAUGCCUCACUUUUUCCUCAAGAUUUGGAAGGUGAAGCUGACAGCUUUGUCGGACAAACUCCACCCGAUUCUAAUGCACCAUCCCCUGCACCCUACAGCAUGUUUGGUACACCAAAUUCUGGAGCAGCUGAUCCCUUUGGCGAAGUCGGAGUAACUCCAAGUUCUACCUUCACCCCACAGAUCCCUAUGCAGGCACCCCUAUCCAGUGCUGGGGGAGCUACUCCUGGAUUCCCCACAGGAGGUCCUCCUAUGGGUGGUACCCCAUCGGGUCGAAGAAAUCCGCUCUCUGGGCCCAGGAAGUAUAUCUCUGCUCCUGAGGUAGCUACUUCCUCCACCAUGCAUGCUCCUCCAGGCCCAGGCACCUUGCCACCACCCUCAGGCUUGCCCCCUGCCUUGGGCUACCCUCCUGUACCAGGACCUGGGGGUAUGCUUCCCCCUCCUAGUUCCACAUCUUCAAUAUAUCCCCCGAGUACUAGUCCUCCAGAAUUUCCCACUGGAGCCCCAACAUCACAGAGCCAGCAGCCAGAUUAUUCACAACCACCAAUUAAUCCUGGAGGAGUACCUGGGGAACAGCCAGGAAUUUAUAAUCCAAUUAAGUUCCAUUGGUUCUAUUCUAAGCACAUUGAGCUCACAACAAUGUGGUUUCCAUUCUCCAAUAUUGACAAUCAAAAACUAGAGGAUGCUUAUAGAUCAGAUGAAGCAAGCACAGGUGGUUUUGUGAUUCCCACAGAUGGAGGUCGGUAUGAUGUUGACCUUCAGGCCAGACAGAGGAAGGCCAUCUAUUGGGAGGAAAAUCCAACUGAAGUGCGUCGAUGCUCCUGGUUUUUUAAGCGGGAGCGAGAUAAUCGUUUUGUACCAUAUGAUGAAAGUUUCUCAGAUAAAUUAGAGGAAGAGUACAAGAAUGCAAUCACAAACAAUGUCUGGCACAAAAGACUAGAGUUCCCUGGGGGAGAGACCAUAGUGAUGCACAACCCCAAUGUUAUAGUCCACUUCAGAGCAUCUGCCCAGCCUGAUGAAUGGGGCACAACAGCUAGUGACAUGAUGAGGCCGCGUGUUGUGAGACGUGGAAUUGAAGAGUUUGAUGACAUUCCUGAAGGGGAGCCUCGCAAUAUAGACCAUGUUAUCUUCAUAGUACAUGGUAUAGGCCAAGUCUGUGACCUUAGAGGACGCUCUAUUGUAGAAGGAGUUGAUGACUUUAGGUCUAUCUCCCUCCAGUUAAUAGACAGUCACUUCAAACCAUAUAAGGAGAACAACCAAUUGAGUCGCAUUGAGUUCAUACCUGUUCAUUGGCAUGCAGCUUUACAUGGUGAUGCCACCGGAGUCGAUAGGAGGUUGAAGGCUAUAACACUGGGGAGCAUAGCAAAGUUGAGGCACUUCACAAAUGACACACUGCUAGAUAUUCUAUUUUACACCAGUCCAACAUACUGCCAGACAAUUGCAGAUACUGUAACGUCAGAGAUCAGCCGUCUCUAUAAACUAUUUACUAGUCGUAAUUCAAACUAUAAAGGAGGAGUGUCUUUAGCAGGACAUAGUCUAGGUUCACUGAUCCUGUUCGAUCUGCUUGCUCAUCAAAGAGACCCCUUAGCACCAGAACCAGUAGUUGCAGAUCCUGUUGAGACCCCUAAAGAAACACAAGAAGUUCAGGAGGUUUCCAAAGAUGAUAUUGACCUUGACGAAUCUUCAAAUGCAGAGGAGGAUGAGAAAGAGCUCUCCUUAGAGGAGUUACUGGCAAAGCUGGGACUGUCAGACUAUUUAGAGGCAUUCCAGAAAGAAAAAAUAGACAUGGAAACAUUGAUAAUGUGUGAAGAGUCAGACAUCAAGGAGAUGGGAAUACCUAUGGGGCCUAGGAAGAAACUCCAGGGCUUUAUGAGAGACCUGAAACAUAAAGAGGAGAAGAAAAGACUAGCAGCUGAGAGAAGGGCCAUGUUACUGGAGGAACGGGCAAAAAGGGAGGAAGAAAGACAACGCAAAGAGCUGGCAGCCAUAGAACAACAACAACAGCUUGAGUUGCAGAAAUCACAAAUGACGAAGGCAGCAUCAUACCUUCAAAAGCAUAUCAACAGAGACCCCUUACUCAGUAAAGCAUCCAGUCUCUCAAUAGACUACAUGACAGGAGUGCAGGGCAUAGGUUCACCAUUUGUGCAAUACAACCAGCUGGAUUUCACCCCCUCAAAUUUCUUCGCUCUUGGGUCCCCGACUGCGAUGUUCAUGACAGUGAGGGGUACAGAGACAUUGGGAGAAGAGUUCAGGUUUCCUACUUGUCCAGGUUUCUUCAAUAUAUUUCAUCCAUUUGAUCCCAUAGCCUAUAGAAUGGAACCUUUAAUAAACCCUGAAUUUAAUUUAAAACCAAUCCAAAUGCAGCAUCAUAAAGGAAGAAAACGGCUACAUUUAGAACUAAAGGAGAGUUUAGCACGUAUGGGGUCAGAUAUCAAACAAAAGUUCAUGGAGUCAAUACGUAAGGGCUGGAACACUCUCAGUGACUUUGCUAAGGCUCAUAGAUCAGAGGAACAGGUUGAGUCUGAGGUGAAUGAAGUCAUGCAGAGCCUGGAGGCUGAGGUGGACCAGGCAGAAACUAGCUCCAUAGCUUCCAGUAUCAAUGAAGAUGAGGUGCCAAUAGGGAGUCUGAACCAGGGGGGCAGACGUGUAGAUUAUGUACUACAGGAGAAACCAAUAGAGAGCUUCAAUGAUUACCUGUUUGCCUUAGGCAGCCAUGG